AUGGGAUAUAACCCUAUAUCACCACGAGACAUGUCCCCUGAUACCAUAGCUCCAUACUUAGGUCGCCCCAUUCGACCGCUCCCUAAACGAAGGCUACGAGAGCGUAUUUCUCCAGAGGUUGCACGGUUGAUAAAGUAUCCUCCAGUACCAAAAAGUAGACCGCCCUUAUUUUACCAUCCAUACAACUUACGAGAUCAAAUUAUAUCAAAUAGUCUCGUCGAACUUCAGCAAAAUGAUGAACGUGGCCGACUUGAUGUUGCCGAGAAAAACUAUAUUUCAAGGCGGAACGGUGAUGAUCAGUCAAAUACAGACGAGGAAACAAAAUUUAAAAGUUGGAUAUUUUCGCGUCAGACUGCCGAUCUAGCGACUAGGUCAUAUCAAUAUUUUCAAAAGCUAGACGCAAGUAAUAAAAAUUCACAACCUUCUGGAUCAACAGAUUCAUCUGCAGAUGGGUAUGAUUCCUUUGAAAACUCAAACAAUAAAAAAAAGAGAAAAAUUCCUAUUCCAGGUGACCCAACUCUAAAUAGUGCGCGCCUCACCAGUGAUAUGAUUGCAAGUGCUGGACCAGAUGAUAUAGAAGACUUAUUGCUACGCAGCCCAAGUCCAUCUUCUGUGGUCACCGGCUGUGGAAGAGGAAAGUACGGGCGCAAUAAAAAUGGAAGAAGCCCCCUCCGAUCUCUUCCCGAUGCAUCUAACAUUUGGGGUAAUGGCCGCUCAGGCAGGUCAAGACAAAUAAAUUGGUCUCCUUCGCCUGAAGCUGCUGGAGCCUCCCGACCUCCUUUAAAUUCCAAUUCAGAUAAAGAUACUGUAUUAUUUUCUCAGGGUCAGGAAAAUAUGGAAAUCUUAGGAAAAGAUUGCAAUAAACCAAAGCCUACUUCUACUAAGUUUACCUUCACUUGCAAUCCCCAGAUAAUGGGAACUGUUCCCUGGUCUGGACCAAAUAGCCCCUACGCUACGAAGCAAAGCCAGAAUUCCAAAAGGAUGAGCACUCACGCCACCCAAACCAGUCCUGGAAUUCUAUCUAGCCACAACAAUAUAAAUUCAAAAGAAAAUAUAACGAACCGGCAUGUAAAUUUAAACGGGCAAAAAAAAACUCUGAGUCAGUCCAACCCUCAAAGAAGAUCACGCAACGUUGCUGGGAAAGAAUAUCUUAUCGCUGCUCAACAACGCCGUCAUACGCAGGGAUAUCGAAAUUAUCAGCAACCCAUGGCAUCACAAGAAAUUUGGAUUUGCGAGUUUUGCGAAUAUGAGCGAAUCUUCGGAACCCCGCCAGAAGCACUUAUAAGACAAUAUGAAAUAAAAGAGAGGCGUCUUAAGAAACAGGAAGCAGAACGUAGAAGGCUCUUAGAGAAAGCUAAAAUGAAGGGUCGAAAGGGUAAAAAAGGGCAUAAAUCCGCUAUAAAGUCUACACCGGUAUACGACCGCCAAAAUAACAUUCAGGCCCACAAUGUCCCUAACUCUCCAGCCGAAACGCAUUCUACUCAGUUACACAGUCUCAGUGCUCAGAGCGAUGAUUAUCCAGAGGGUGAUCAUGAUGACGUAAUCAAGCACGAUCCAGAUCUUCGAAAGUCUCAAACUCAGCCUACAAAUUUAUUAAGAGCUCAUGAAGCUUCAAUUGAUCUAAACGAAUCAAAAAGUUUGAAAGAAGAUCUCGUCGUGAGGCUUACUGUAUCUCAAGCCGUCCCUAGAUAUAUCAUGCUCCUAGAAGAGCGGCCCAACGUGUUUCUAUUGAUACAUGAGAUUUUUAAUGUGGAGUUUGUGACAACAGAUUCAAAUAUUAGCUAG